AUGAAUCCAUACUUACCGAUGGCUGACAAGGUUCAAGAAAAAGCGGAACGCAAACUUAUACAAGGAAGUAUUAAUUCUAAAUACGCAGAAUUGUCACAUAAGAACUUGCUUUCCUAUACUACGCAUUUGAAGUUGUCCUGGAUUUACAAAGAAAUGGGAGCUUCAGAUGAUGACUUUAAUAGACUACUUAUGAAAAUAAAGGCCGGCGAGAAAUGCAGGAAAAUAAGAAAAAGAAUGAUUUUAAACAAUAAAUUGAGACGUCUGGGAACUUUAAGGAAUACGCAACAACCUGCUAAACCGAUGAGCAUUGAAACACAUCCCAUCGAGAACUUAGUAGUUAAUAAAUCGUCUUACACGUUUAGCACGAAGGAAAUGGACCUUCUCAACAAAGGACUAAAAUAUGCAAUCACACCCAAGCGAACUCAUAAGGAAGACAUCAUAGCAGACGUGGAGACAGCCAUAAGAGGAGCGGAUCAUGGAGCCAAGGAGAACAUUAGGAAAGAAGUAUACAAAAUACUAAGAAGAAGCAACAACACCAACAGCAACCUAGAUAACAAAACCAAAAGUGAACAUGCAAUGGUGAAAAGUUUAAAUGAAAAACCAGUGUAUUACAUAAAAGCAGACAAGGGAAACACUAUCGUUAUUAUGAACAAGGACGAUUACGAUGAAAAAAUCUUAGAUAAACUUAAUAACGAAAAUUUUAGAAAAAUUAGGACCAACCCUUUAAAGGAAUCAGCAAUGAAGGUUAAGAAAGCUUUAAAGGAGUGUAAGUUUCUGGACUUCAACAUUAACGACUUGACGAUGCCGAAUCCAUCAGUUCCGAAACUGGUGUGUCUACCAAAGAUUCACAAGGAAGGUGAGCAGUUCAGGGAGAUCAUUUCCGCUAACGGCGCCCCAACAUACAAAAUUGCGAAGUGGCUCGUGAAAAGAUUUGGGGAAAUGGAUUUCCGUUCCUGUUCUAUCAAGAAUAGAGAGGAAUUUAUAGAAAAAACGAAAGGCUUAAAGAUUGGUCCUGAUGAAUUAAUGGUAUCGUUCGAUGUCAAAGCGCUCUUUCCCAGUGUUCCAGUUAACGAAGCUCUUGAAUAUUUGAAAGUAUGGUUAUCAACACAAGAAGGAGAAACAGAAACAGAAAAUUGGAACAACAAAGUAAAAGAAUACCACAAAUUAGCAAGACUUUGCAUGGAGGAGAAUUACUUCGAAUUCAGAAACGAGAUGUACAGAACAACAUCGGAAGUAUCGAUGGGCAAUCCACUUUCACCAUUUAUCGCAGAAUUAUUUAUGUCCAAAUUGGAAAAAAGAAUGGAGGAGGAUUCUCUAAUGCCUAGAGUAUGGAUGCGGUAUGUUGAUGACGUCUUCGCGAUAGUGGACAAGGAAGAACUGGAGAAUAUAAACAGAUGCAUCAACAAAUUACAUAGAAACAUCGAAUUUACAUUCGAAAUUGAGGAAAAUGGAGUGUUACCUUUUUUGGACAUAUUGGUGAAAAGAAUAUCUGAAAAAAUUGGAUUCAAGAUAUAUAGGAAGAAAACAACAACACAAAGAUGCAUUCCAAAGGACUCGUACCAUUCAACGAAACAUAAAAUGGCGGCGUUCAACUCUAUGAUCCAUAGAAUGCUAACCACACCGAUGGACAGACACGACUAUAGAUCAGAAGUAAACUUCAUAUUGGACACGGCUGUGAAGAACGGUUAUUCUACUGAACGUAUUAACAAACUCAUUAGGAAGAAAAAACGAAAAAUUGAGCAGGAGAAUAUGAGCACAUUGUUUAAACAGAACAGGAUAUUGGAAGAACAAAGAACAACAUGGGAAUCUUUAAGUUAUGAUCAUCACUGUACAAACUUGAUAAAUAAACAACUAAGGAAACACAAUAUUCGGACAUCGGAAACCAAUAGUAAAUAUCAACUUGGGAGUUUGUUAAAUUCGGCUAAGGAUAAAUUGAAGAUACAUGAAAGAUGCGAAAACAAUGUGAUGUGCCAUAUACAAGAUGUAGUUCGUUGGUCGAGACAGAAAGAACGUGGUAGGGGUAACUAUAUAAAAAGAAAUGAUAAAAAUAGGCUUGUCAAAAUUGUCUUUAACAACAUACCACAAGGUUAUUGUCCAUCUGGACAUCAUCCAAGAAGCUGGCGAGUGCGAAGGACAAUUCAAUCCCAGAAAGGUGCUAGAACAGGACGUAGUCCGAAAAAAGAAGAAGAGAAAUUGUAUGAUGAUUACGUGACCGAUUUUAAUAAUUAA